AUGAUGCUCGAUGCGACUCCUACGAAAUACAACUUGCCUACAAGGUUUUAUGAUGCAAAGAGGUUGAUGUCGAAGUUGGGUUUAAAAGUAAGAAAGAUUGACUAUUGUAUUAGUGGUUGCAUGUUGUUUUAUGAUAAUGAGUUUGGUACUAAUGAUGGAGCGUUGGAGGAAUGUAAGUUCUGUAAGAGUACAAGAUAUAAAGUUUGUAUUAAAGCCAUUGGCGGUAAGCAAAAACGUGUAGCAGUAAAGUCAAUCUUUCAAUAA